GCAUGCGUGGAGGAGGGAAUUUGAAAAACGGGAGAUAUCGAGACGCGCGCCGAGACUCAAGUCGUCAAUUCGCGAUUAGCAGUACAAGGCCAGCAUCAGUUUUCUAUCUAUUGGACCCUUUGUGUGUUUGAUAUUUAGGGCAACAUCAUGGCUAGCGUUUUGGAGGAUCCCACCUUGGAGAGAAACUACAAAGGCCACAGAGAUACCAUAACAAGUGUGGAUUUCAAUCCAAACAUGAAGCAGCUUGCCUCUGGCGGAAUGGACUCUUGUCUUAUGGUAUGGAACUUCAAGGCACAGAUGAGGGCUUUCAGGUUUGUUGGCCACAAGGAUGCUGUUCUCUCGGUCAAUUUCUCCCCAUCUGGACAUCUUGUAGCAUCCUCAUCAAGGGACAAAACAGUAAGACUUUGGAUCCCUAGUGUGAAAGGAGAAUCUACUGUGUAUAAAGCUCAUACAGCUACAAUUCGUAGCGUCCAGUUCUCUAGUGAUGGUCAGCAUCUUCUUACUGCAUCAGAUGACAAGACAGUUAAGGUGUGGACAGUUCACAGGCAGAGGUUCCAGUUUUCCCUGACCCAGCACAGUAACUGGGUGAGAUGUGCCAAGUGGUCACCCGAUGGACGGCUGAUAGUAUCCUGUAGUGACGAUAAGACAGUCAAGGUCUGGGAUAGGUCCAGCAAGGAAUGCAUACAUUCAUUCUUUGAACAUGGAGGGUUUGCACAUUCUGUAGCAUUUCAUCCGAGUGGGACAUGUAUUGCUGCAGCUGGUACAGACAAUACAGUCAAGGUCUGGGACAUCAGAAUGAACAAAUUAUUACAGCAUUACCAAGCACACAGUGGAGCAGUGAAUAGCCUCUCUUUCCAUCCGAGUGGGAACUAUCUGAUCACAGCUUCCAAUGAUUCAACCCUUAAAAUUCUUGAUCUCCUAGAAGGGCGCCUCUUUUACACCCUUCAUGGCCACCAGGGACCAGUGACAGCUGUAGCCUUUUCAAGAAACGGAGAGCACUUUGCAUCGGGAGGUGGAGACGAACAGGUGUUAGUAUGGAAGACCAACUUUGACAAGAUUGACUACAAUGAGGUCCUCCAGAGUCAUAAAGCAAGGUCCCAGACCCACCCACCCCCACAUAUACAUGACAUACACCCCAGGUCUCCUCAGCACCUGCAUCAGGGUGGGACGACACGUCAGACCAGCACUGACAUCAAUGCACAAUCUGAACUGAGAAACACAGUGACAGCCCCACCAGAUGUCAUGAACCUAGGCCCAGCUCUCUUUUCACAAAAUGGGGUGAGUGUUAUAAGAGAAGAGGAUAAACUGAUUCUUUUCCAUCCAGUGGAGUAAAAUAUGAAAGAAUUA